AUGAAUCCUUUAUCUCUCGGCCUUGCCGCCUUGAGCCUUCUGGGCUACGUGGGUGUCAACUUUGUUGCAGCCUUCCCCACGGAUUCAAAUUCAGGCUCCGAAGUCUUGAUUUCUGUCAAUGGCCACGUUAAACACCAAGAGCUUGACGGAUUUGGUGCUUCACAAGCAUUCCAACGGGCCGAAGACAUUCUUGGAAAAGACGGUCUGUCCAAAGAAGGGACUCAGCAUGUACUGGACUUGCUGUUCAGCAAGGAUAUCGGUGCGGGCUUCUCUAUCCUGCGUAAUGGCAUUGGCUCAAGCAACAGUUCUGACAAGAACUUCAUGAAUUCAAUCGAGCCAUUCUCGCCAGGCUCACCCGGAGCAAAGCCACACUACGUCUGGGAUGGCUAUGAUAGCGGACAACUCACCGUCGCUCAAGAAGCAUUCAAGAGAGGAUUGAAGUUCCUCUAUGGCGAUGCUUGGUCCGCUCCUGGUUACAUGAAGACAAACCACGAUGAGAAUAACGGGGGGUAUUUGUGUGGUGUUACAGGUGCUGCCUGCGCUUCUGGCGACUGGAAGCAGGCUUACGCAGACUACUUGCUGCAGUGGGUUGAGUUCUACCGCAAGUCAGGCGUCAAGGUCACCAACCUAGGAUUCCUUAACGAGCCUCAGUUCGCCGCUCCCUACGCCGGCAUGCUGUCUAACGGCACACAGGCUGCCGACUUCAUACGUGUACUGGGCAAGACAAUCAGAAAACGAGGUAUUCACGACCUUACAAUCGCCUGCUGUGAUGGCGAGGGCUGGGAUCUCCAAGAAGAUAUGAUGGCUGGUUUGACUGCUGGACCUGAUCCGGCAAUCAACUACCUCAGUGUCGUUACUGGGCACGGCUACGUUUCACCACCGAACCAUCCGCUUUCAACAACAAAGAAGACGUGGCUCACCGAGUGGGCUGAUCUCACAGGCCAGUUCACGCCCUACACGUUCUACAACAAUAGCGGUCAGGGCGAAGGUAUGACCUGGGCUGGCCGCAUCCAGACGGCGCUUGUAGAUGCCAACGUCAGCGGAUUUCUCUAUUGGAUCGGAGCCGAGAACUCGACCACCAACAGUGCUCUGAUCAACAUGAUCGGCGACAAGGUCAUCCCUUCCAAGAGGUUCUGGGCCUUUGCAUCCUUCAGUCGGUUUGCUAGACCUGGUGCUCGUCGCAUUGAAGCCACGAGCUCCGUUCCUCUGGUCACAGUCAGUGCAUUUCUGAAUACCGACGGUACUGUCGCGACGCAGGUGCUGAACAACGACACGGUUGCUCACAGUGUGCAACUCGUUGUCUCUGGCACAGGUCGAAACCCUCAUAGCUUGAGGCCGUUUUUGACUGAUAAUUCUAAUGAUUUGACUGCCUUGGAGCACUUGAAGGCUACUGGAAAGGGUUCAUUUCAGACUACAAUUCCUCCUCGAUCUCUUGUUAGCUUUGUUACAGAUUCCUAA